AGACGCCGGAAGCGCCUUUCUCGCACGGCUCCUCCCCCUCCGUUCUCUAAGCUCAUUGGAUGCUGGCGGAGUUGCCUGUCACUGCUCCCCCCCCCACCAACCGAGAGACCGGCCGUUAGUCACCGGCCGUAUAACCGUCUCUCUCAUUGGCCCAAUUCGAGCGGGCGGAGGAGGCGGUUGAGCCCCAACUGUGGGCUUGGGCGGGCGAGCCGAGGAGGCGCCGCGAUGGCGACGAGGAGCGUGGUCUUCGUCACCGGCAAUGCCAAGAAGCUGGAGGAGGUGAUUCAGAUCCUAGGUGACUCCUUUCCAUACAAGCUGAUUGCAAAGAAAAUAGACUUGCCUGAGUACCAAGGGGAACCUGAUGACAUUUCUAUCCAGAAGUGCCAGGAAGCAGCUAAGCAGAUCCAGGGACCGGUUAUUGUCGAAGAUACUUGUUUGUGUUUCAAAGCCCUUGGAGGACUCCCAGGGCCGUAUAUAAAAUGGUUCCUAGAGAAGCUGAAACCAGAAGGGCUGUACAAACUGUUAGCAGGAUUUGAAGAUAAAUCUGCUUAUGCUCUCUGCACCUUUGCCUAUAGCACUGGAAAUCCAGAUGACCCAGUGAAGCUGUUCAAAGGCCAGACUCAGGGACAUAUAGUUGACCCAAGGGGACCUAGAGACUUCGGAUGGGAUCCAUGCUUCCAGCCAGAAGGUUAUGAUAAGACCUAUGCAGAAUUACCCAAGUCAGUGAAGAACUCAAUCUCUCAUCGUUACAAAGCCCUGAAAGAACUGUCUACCUAUUUCUCUCAAGAGCACAACUUGACAGAGGCCACAUCUUGUCCCAGUUAGCCUGCCUGGGUCUAUGAGAUCCCGUGGCUUUUGUACAGAAAAUUGUAUUUGAAGUUGGAGAUCGACGUUUACUUGCCUGCACAGAUCAUGUCCAAUAAUUUUACUUUUCUUUGAAGACCUGUGUUUCCAGCUUUCUUGCUUGUGAAAUAAUUAUUUCCAAAAGGCAGCAUGUCAAAUAUGUGUUGAAGGAUUUAGAUUUUCACUAGAAGCACCAGAAGAAUUAAAGAUACACUAGCAUACAGGAAUGAAGAUGCAAGAAUAAGCAUUAACUGUUCAAGUACCAGGAAAAUAAACACUGGAUUGAUGUGCUUUGUUAUCAAGACAGGCCCUUGAAUUUCCAAGGCAAACCAACAAUGGAUCAGGAGCAGAUUUUGAAAAGAGACAAGAAAUGUCUUAAAGCACCUUCUUCCAAGCAAAAGCUAAAGUGACUAGAGCCAGUGGUGCAGUUCAAGUGGGGCCCCAAAACCCAGGACCCCCCAAAAUGACCACACAGAUAGCAGGAAAUGAUUGGGGCUUGCCUAACCUCCACAGUGGUGUCACUGUGACUUCUCGGGGUGGGGGGAGACAGCAGAGAGUUUAGCAUGGUGAAAAUGCGCUAGAUGGGCUCUGCCAGUGCAUAUGCACCAUGCUGACCUCAUUGCUUCUUCCUGCUGGUAAGUUGCAGUGAUGGUUACUGUUGUCUCAGGGUCUGGUCUGGAUCGGAAGAUUGGAGAAUGCAAACACAGAGAGAUCAGCUCUUAACAGAAGAGGAGGGGAAAUACCCCACCCCCAUUCCCAGCAUUUCCAGAAGCAGAGACAGCAGCUGCACAGUUCAGAGAGGAGCUACCCAGCUUUGAGAGAGGAGCUAGGCAACCAGAAGGGAGGGAGCAGCUGGGCGAUACAUCAGUCGAGAGUGGGGGAACCCCUCCCUCCCCCUGAACUCGGAGGUGCGAGCGUGUCAGAGAAAAAAGGAGACGCAGAGGAGGAGGGACAUUUGCUGCAGAAGUGAGGAGGGAUUAGAGUGAGCAUCUGCUAUCCUUGCAUAGAGUUGCCUGUCUGCUCACAACAUGAUACUGUGAUAAAAAGACUAUAAAUCUA